CAAUGUAUGUUCGUGAGUUUCUGUGCGAGAGAUUCGGCCACAGAGAGCUGUAUUAACCGACUGUUAAACAAAAUUUCAAUUCUUUAUUUUUAGGGUGCAAAUUUGCAGAAACAAUAUUGGCCGCCGCCUUUGUCAACUCUAAAACAUGGCGGCCUUUCAAUUGGAAAAAGGGAAUAGGUUAGCUUAUAGUAUACAUAAGUGCUCCAGUUUUUCAUCAUCCUAUGUACCUGAGAAUAUUCAAGAAGACAAGUCAAGCGAUCAGUCAUCCCGGUGGUCAUCGGACACGAAUAAUCCGCCGCAGUAUCUGACGCUGAAACUCCAACAUUUUGCUAUCGUGCUAUCCAUAACAUUCGGAAAAUAUGAGAAGACGCAUGUUUGCAAUCUCAAAAAAUUCAAAGUGUUUGGUGGAGUGACAGACGAAAACAUGAUCGAACUCUUGGAUAGUGGCUUGAAGAAUGACAGUUCACCAGAAACAUUUCAGUUGCGUCAUACUGUGAGAGAUCAUCCUGUCCCAUUUCGUUUCAUCAAAAUUAUGCCACUACAGUCUUGGGGACCUAGCUUCAACUUUAGCAUUUGGUUUGUGGAACUAUGUGGAAUAGAUGACUGGGAUGUUGUUAAACCUUGCUUGGAUUGGUACAAUGCAUAUAAGGAGAGAGAAGUAGUGAGACUGUGUCUGAAACACUUCCGCCAACAUAAUUAUAAUGAAGCAUUUGAAGCUCUUCAGAGGCACACUGAGAUACAAUUGGAAGACCCAUUGCUUAGCAAGUUACAUGAAAUUCUAGUUAAUAAGGGAGACUACGAGGGCACUGAAGACUUCAUGGAACACUCAGUAUCUCCAGGUAAUCUAUUCAGCCACUACAUCAAGCAGCAGGAGUACAAACCUGUAUGGCAGCCUAUACAGCCAGCUGAUAGUGAAUCUCAACCAGGUAUGAGAGGUGGGCAUCAAAUGUGUAUGGAUCCUUUCACAGAGACAAUAUACCUGUUUGGGGGCUGGGAUGGAAAUCAAGAUCUCAGUGACCUUUGGACAUAUCAUGUUCCUUCACGCAAGUGGACAUUAAUUUCCAAAGACACUGAGGCAGAGGGAGGACCCAGUGCAAGAUCGUGUCAUAAGGUGUGCCUGGAUCCAGAACAACGCCAAAUAUUUACACUGGGAAGGUACUUAGAUACACACUAUAGGACUCCAGAAAAUCUGAAGAGUGAUUUCUAUAUGUAUGACAUUGAGAACAAUAGAUGGACUCUAAUAACAGAAGACACAGGUAGCAUGGGAGGCCCUCAACUGAUAUUUGAUCAUCAGAUGUGCAUGGAUGUAGAGCGAAGAACUAUUUAUGUCUUUGGUGGCCGUGUUCUCACACCUCAGUGCAGCAUGGUGGAUGAGCGACCAGGAUUUUUAGGCCUUGUGGGACCAGUGGAACCAAUAUUUUCUGGUCUUUUCUCAUAUCAUGUUCCUACUAACACUUGGAAGAAACUAUGUGACGAUUCCUGCUGGCCAGAGGGGGCUCCGUAUACAGCUAUUCGUUCCAGAGUCGGUCAUUCCAUGUUGUUUCAUCCCAGUUAUCGUCAGCUAUUUAUAUUUGCUGGCCAGAGAAGCAAAGAGUAUUUGAACGAUUUCUUUACAUACAAUGUUGACACUCAUGAAGUAAACAUUAUAAGUGAAGGCACAAAAAAGGAAGCAUCCAACAUACCAGCUGCUGGUUUCACACAACGUGCAACGAUAGAUCCUGAAUUAAAUGAAAUUUAUGUGUUAUCGGGGCUCAGCAAAGAUAAAGAGAAGAGGGAUGAUAAUGUGCAAAAUUCUUUUUGGGUUUAUUAUAUUCAUCAGAAUAAAUGGUCCUGCAUAUAUCGAAAUGAGAAUACAGGGGAAAGCUAUUGGAAUAAAAUGCAGCAUUUAGAGCCCUGUCCUAGGUUUGCUCACCAGUUAGUUUAUGAUCAUGUCAAUAAGAUUCAUUAUCUUUUUGGGGGCAAUCCAGGAAGAGCAUGCUUACCUAAACUGAGACUUGAUGACUUCUGGAAGCUCCAGUUGUGCCGUCCUACUCAUUCUCAGUUAUUGCAGAAGUGCAAACUUCUCAUCAGGAAGCACAGGUUCAAGGAGCUUGCUUUGAAAAAUAGCAUGGCAGCUCUUCAUUAUCUCCAAACAACAUUAUCUGAGAUAAUAGAUCACAGCGAUGAGGAACAGACAAAGGAGUUCCAGUUGUUAACGUCAGUCCUUUUCCGAGAACAAGAUGACAGUACCUUUGGUUACAAGAAAAGUGUUACUGAAGAAGAAGAUCAGCUGGAAUGCCAUCGUAGGAGAUCCCAGUUAUUUGAUCAACUUGUAGCUUUCUUCCCAGAAAAUAUGACUCAGCCAAGAGGUAACUUAAUUGAUCUAAUUCAACUGUGAUCCCAGCAAAUAUUUCGACAAAUUUCUUUCUCAUAUGUACUAUGUUGUGAACUGUCUUAUGUUUCUGAAAAUGCUCAUCUUUCGGAGCCUCUUCAGCUCAGAAAAAAAGUUUUUGAGGCAUGUUGUGGAUAUAUUGUAACAUAAUGUAAAUAGGUGUAUAGUGGAGGCGUAGAUCAUUGAUCACAAAACCCAAGACUGUAAAAAGUAUAUCUCAGGUAUGCAUCAUUGUAAAAUACUGUAAUUAUGUAAAAUUGUCAAAAUAUUUUUAACAUCCUUCAUCUGGUACUUGUUGUAUAAAAUGUCUAGGUUAUAAAUGAAACCAGUCAGACCGACCUCAAGCAUACUGUUUUCUAUAAAUAAGUUUAUUGUAUUGUAUACAUAAAACUUUUAAAAAAAUCCUAUAGCUUCCUGUUUAAUGGUUUAAUCAUAAAUGUAUCAUUUGUUAUAUGACUGUAGUGACUGUAAUACAAUACAGUCACAGGCAUUUAUGUCUCUAAAUGAGUAUCUUAUUUUGCGUAUUAAGUAUUAUGUUUGGUUACUGAACUAAAACCAGCAUCUGGUGUAAAGUAAGUGGAAAGUUUCUGGAAAGCUUAUGACUUAAGGUUUUUGUUCUCACAUCUAAUAUCCAAUAUCUAUUACUGUUUCAGUCAACUUAAAAAAAAAAAAUAACGCCCUUCCUCGUGGUUUAUUUGGUAUUUCAUGAUCAUCUGCUGAAAUAAGAAUCAUUAUUAUUUUGCAAUGUUUGUGACAACAUUCAGUUGUGUGUACUUAACUCGGUGGUCGGUAACAGCUUUGAAAUUAAAAAGGUGAGGAUUUAGAUAAGUAAAUGGAGGGAUGUAUUACGUGUGUGUGUGUGUGUGUGUGUGUGUGUGUGUGUGUGUGUGUGUGUGUGUGUGCGUGAGAGAGAGAGAGGCCUUACCAAAUGGCGAAUAAUGGUUAUAUAUUUGGACACAUUUGUUUUGACCAAAUUUAUAAAAGUGUUACUGAGACUGUCAUGGAUGCAAACAUUUCCUUUGUGCCUUUUCACAGUAAUUUAUUACUGACAAGGCAGCAAAGUAAUGCGAAAAUUGUCAGAUUAGACUACUGUAUUUAGUUCGGACUGCACCAUGCUAUAGUGUGUGUGACAGAAGUUAUAUUCCAUAAUUUUACUUAGUACUACAGAAAAUAUGUGUUGGGAGAUAUUUGUGAAAAAAAUCUUAGUUUCUUGCAAUUUAAGUCAAAUAUAUCAGAGGUCAAAAGUAUCUGUUAUUGAUCAGCAUACAAACAUGUAAGACAUCUGUCACAAGUAUUGAUAAAACAUAAAGUAGGCAUAGUUACUAAAGAGAAAGAAAUUAGAUUAUUGUCAAUUAAAUGUAAACUUGUCAGAGUCUGAUUUUAUUAUCUUUGUUUUUGCACUGAAGAUGCUGUGUGUAAAAAUGCAAAUUGAAAGCAAGUAGUGGGAGAGGCUGAGUGAAUCAGAAACCAGUGAAGAAAACCAUGUUUUAAACAUAUGACUAAUGAGAUGGGGGGGGGAGAGAGAGAGAGAGAGAGAGAGAGAGAGAGAGAGAGAGAGAGAGAGAGAGAGACAGAGAAAAUAAGAAAUAAAUUUGGAGAUUCUUACCAUUUUACUUUUAGUACUGAUGCUGCCUGAGCCUGAUAUAUUUGCCCCUCUAUUCAAACUGUAUCUAAUGAGGCAAAUGUGAAAAUCUUUAUUAAGCAUAAAAAAUUAUAGAUUGGUAGCUAUGCAUGUUGAUUUUGGAAAUGAGCUCCUUAUGUUUAUUUGAUUGUUUGCUUGUAUUACUAAUUUUCGAAUACUACACAAGAAAAAAUCAUCAAUAAUGUUAAGUAUGAGAGUGAGCUGGGUGUCACAGGGAUGGAGCCCCUGAACUAUUAUUUGAAGUAAAAGACCGAAUACUCUUCUGGGCAUAGAAGCUUCUAUUUUAUGUUUCACUAAAUUAAGCAAGGCAAGGGCCAAGACGGUUAAUUUGAAAAGGAUACAGAUGAUAUUGUUCACCAUUCUUGUACAAUCAGAGUUUCUGCUCCAUCUCCGAUGACUGUCAGUGGUACAUUGAACCAUUAUUAUCCUCUCUCUCUCUCUCUCUCUCUCUCUCUCUCUCUCUCUCUCUCUCUCUCACACACUCUCACACACACACACACACACACACACACACACACACACACACACACACACACACACACACACACACACACAUUAUUUGUGAGACAGUGUAUGGUGAAGUAUCUAAUUAUAAGUUCUCAUAUGUGUUGUAUUGUCUAUGCAAACAAUUACUGUGAUAAAUUUGAGUCUUAUAUUACUAUUUUAAUGGGAGUGUGAGUAUGUUUGCUGAACAUUUGCUCUGAAAAUUCUUUGAAAAUCUGUUGCCAAGUAUAUAGUCGCAUUGAGUAUUUAGUCAUUAAUGUAAAAUAUGUUUGUAAAUCACAGCACCAAUCAGUAAACCUUAGGCUGACCUAGUUAUUUCCAUCAGAUCCUGUGAGUUAUGGUUUAAAAUGUGCACAUCUCAAACCAUUACUCGCAGCACCUGAUAGAGGCAACUCAUUCAGUUGUCAAAAUAGUGUGCAUGAAAACAGAAUGUUGGUCACCUGAAAUUGUUCCUUUCGUCAGUCAUAGUGGGUUAACUGCAGAAAUUAUAUUCAAUGCUUGGUCUUUAUUGUCUCAUGAAGGCAGUGAUACUAGAUUAAAUACAAGGAAAUGAUAACUCACAGAUACAGUGUUUCUAACAACAUUUGUGUAGAGUUACCCACACUCCUGUCCAUAUGUUGCUGGAUAAUGUCUAUCCCAAUUUACUCCAAAUGUUAUUGUCUUCCAACUUUGUGGAUGAAGUUUCUCCCAUCUGCUGCAUGGGAUUUAUCUGCUUACUGAGGUAUUAUAAGCCUUCCAUUGAGUUAGUCUUCAAAAUGUGCUUUAUAAGAAACAGUACUGCUAAAAACUUCCUUUGUAUGUGUUCUAUCAAUUUGUCCAGUUGUGUAUCUAGCUCACACACAAAUUUGAAUUUUAAAAGCUAUUAUGAAAUCAUUGUUUUGUCCUUUUGCUUAUCAAUUUGUUUCACAUUGUCAGUCAUUAUUUACAAUAUGGCAACCUCUUGCUAUUUCUUUGGAUGUUUUGGACAUCUUGCUGAUGUAAUCUUGAAGUUACAUUAGACAUUAACCUUAGACUCCAAGUUACAGAUACAUGGGAAUUGAGUUUUGAACAUGGCACUGAUUUCAUUUAAUUGUUUUCACAUGCCACUUGCUAAAGACAAUUUCUUCUGUAACUGGCAUUCCUCUUCCUCAUUUUAUUGCCACAUUUGUAUUCUUCUAUAUGCUGUGACUUCUCAUAUUGACUAUCUGUAGUAGUACUACUAGUACUACUACUGCUAAUAAUAAUAAUAAUAAUAAUAUGGCAGCAGAUUUUCAACCAAUUCGCAAAUAUUUGUUGGAGACUCCAUCUGACACCUCACAUUCCCAAGAAGAUAAAGUUUUAUAAAGCUCAAAAGGUUAUGCCUGGUACUGAUAAACUGAUAGUUACGUAAUUUUACAGUCUGAUAUGUGAUAUUAAAGAGUAUAGUCUGGCCAAACAAAGUAUAUACUUGACAAUGAAGAAAAUUCUGAGUCAUUUUAUGUACAAAAGAGAAACAGAUGUACUUUAUUUACCGACAGCAAACAGAAAUGUAGUACUAAGUGUAAUGUCUUAAAUCUUUGUUUUCCUUUCUGAGUAAGGUAUACUAAAGAGUAAAAGCAUACAUCUGUAUGCUCCCUGGAAAUAAUUUCAAAAUGCAAAAACUUGAAUGUGGAUUGCAGAGUAAUCAUGUAGAUAUAGAUGCUCCAUUGUUCUUCCAGGUACACACUUUGCAUGGCCAGGUUCUGUGUGUGGGGCUGCAUUUAAAUGUAAAUAUUUUGAUUGUUUUACAAAACUUUGUAAUACAUUAUAAGUAUUGUUUAAACUGAUUUUUAAAUGUGUAAAGUAAGUUUAUUUUAAAAUCUUGCCGUUGUUGUGAAAAACAUGCCCACAUCAGCUGCCCAAAACUAUUUAUGCUAUUAAUUAAUACAGUAUUGAUUUCACAAACCUACCAAGAAAACUGUAAGAACAAUACUGUAGUGAAAGGUAAACUAGCAAACAGUAUGUCUACUGGAAAAUAAAAAGUUUUUUAAAAGUGA